CGUUCGUAAUAUUCGGCGAAAGUCUCCUUAUAUGGUUCGGAAUGGCUCGUAAGGUUCUCCGACUUCUCCCGACCACAUGAUAUUUUGCGCGGUUUUUUAUCACGUGAGCUGUACCAGUUCAAACUGGUUACCAUCCCUCCCUAAUCUUCACGUUGGAAGCACGAACAGAGUUCUCUGACUUGAUCCACCAUGGCACAAGAGAUUGCUGGCGCUAACGAUAGACAACCUGCAACCUUCAAGCUUGUACUUGUUGGCGAUGGUGGCACUGGAAAGACGACCUUCGUAAAACGCCACGUGACAGGAGAAUUCGAAAAGAAAUAUGUUGCAACUCUUGGUGUAGAAGUGCAUCCAAUUAAAUUCAACACCAACAGAGGGGAAAUUAAGUUCAAUGUGUGGGACACCGCAGGCCAGGAGAAGUUUGGGGGGCUCAGAGAUGGCUACUAUAUCCAGGGUCAGUGUGCUAUUAUAAUGUUCGACGUCACGUCACGAGUUACCUACAAGAACGUGCCCAACUGGCAUCGGGACCUGGUGCGCGUGUGCGAGAACAUCCCCAUCGUGCUCUGCGGGAACAAGGUCGACAUCAAGGACCGCAAGGUCAAGGCCAAAGCCAUCACCUUCCACAGGAAGAAGAACCUGCAGUACUAUGACAUCAGUGCAAAAAGCAACUACAACUUUGAGAAGCCAUUCCUGUGGCUGGCCAGAAAGCUGGCGGGCGAUGCCAACCUGGAGUUUGUGGAGAUGCCUGCCCUUCAGCCACCAGAAGUACAAAUGGACCCAGAACUGGCCUCUCAGUACGAACGGGACCUCAAGCAAGCACAGGAGACAGCCCUACCAGAGGAGGACGACGACUUGUAAAUACAGAACAAAAAGUACAAACUUCAUGUCCAAAGGAACACUUCCCUCCUUCCAGACGUUUCAACUUUUCCUCUGCAAGGACUCUAGUGUAUAAUGCACAUAUAUAUCUCUGAAGGGGCAUCAUCGAGAGAGAACCUUUGAUAUCACAUGGUAGAUACCAUGGUCGUAUUUGGUAUACAGAAAGCUUCCAAGCUGAGACAACAACGAUGACUAUUUUCAAUUACGUCCUAUCUUCAGGUUUCAAUAAGAAGUGUAAGGUUUUGAGGUAUGGAUAUAUACGAAAAGCUGUUACAAACAGCAUGUAUUUGGCUAGCCUAAUUAGAUGUGAUAGUAUCACUAUGUAGAGAUAAUAAUGUAUUUCUCUGAAGAGCUUCUCUAUUAAGUAUGUUAACGAGCCCCUGUGCUUCUGAAGAUUCAGGUUCUGUAGCAAACCCUUUAGUUGUGUAAAUUUUUUUAUACGUUUUUUUUCCUGCAAAGAUAGCUGCAUAAGGAUACCACAACCACAAAGUUUUGGGAGGGUUGGUUUCCAUGGCUACGUGAUGUGUAUGGGCUGUCAGUAUGCUUAAGAUCAUUUCCUGUGUGUGGAUGAGAGUAAAGCUUACAUAUAGAUGGGUGGCAGUAUGGCCAGAUAUGUUAAUAAAUAUACCAGCAUUCCCAUAGCUUCUGUUUCUCAAUCUUGUCAUGUGUAACCACACCAUUUGUAUUAAUUUUGACUUUAAAAUAUGACCACCUAAAAGCAGAAUAAACUAUUGUAUUGCAUUUCAGGA